AUGCGGAAUAACCAGAAAUUUCGUUGGUGGUUAUCAAUACUAUCAACAUACAUUGCAGUACUAAUGAUUGCAGGUAUAUUCUACAUUCCAUAUACCUUGAAACACGUUCAAAAAACUUUUUCAUUCAAAAGUAAUAAUGCAACAAAGCCUUUUAAUAGAAAUGAUGAGCCUUCAUUGAUGCUCCGAUAUACGGAUAUUCAUGUGGACCAUGUAAAUGAGAAGAACAACGAGCAGUUUACCAAUGCAGUUAAUUUUGGUCUUAAUCUGAAGCCAGCUAUGUAUCUUUUCACAGGUGAUCUAACUAAUAAUUUUCCAUACAAUAAUUAUCCAAAAUAUGGAAGCCAACAGCCAAAAGAUUGGGAAAUUUACAGAAAUAUUACACAAAACAUACAAAGAGAACAGCUUUUUGAAAUCGCAGGUAACCAUGACGAAUUUGGAGUCUUCGAGUUUACUUCUCAAAGUCACAAUUUCAUUAAAUCAAUAAAAGAAAACAUUUCAAACUACGAAGAUUUCCAAAUUCAAAAACGAGUCAUUACAAGCAAUGGCGGAUACAAUAUAUCAAUUAUUGGACUCAACCCAUUCAUAUAUCCUUCAGCGCACCCUCCAUUUGUUUAUUGGCCACGUCCAACAAAAGAAUUACUUAAUAAUCUAGAAAAAGUUCUCAAAGAAAUACCAGAAAACGAUGAAGUUAUCGUUAUGAACCAUUAUCCACUCAAAUUAUUCAUGUCAACUGUCAAAUCUUCAUCAGGAAAAACUUUCAAAGAAAUAUUAACAAAAGGAAAGGUCAAUUACUUCUUAACAGGUCAUUUACACCCAACUGAACCUAAAAUCAUGCAUCACUCUGACAUGCUAGAGAUUAUUGGCAUGGAUUUAAAGGAUCAUCAACAUAUCGGAUGUAUUUCAUAUGACAACAGACGAUUUAUUUAUCAUAAAGUUAACAUAUCCAAUCUACCUAAAGCGUUCAUAACGAAUCCAGUGCCAGAUUCGAUGCUAACUCACCAUCAAAUUUUUAAUGAAGUCGGAACACCGAUUAGAAUCAUUUCUUUCCAUAGUGUCAUGCCAACAAUAAAACUUUCCGGCAAUAUUAGCGGUGUAAUGGACUGCAAAGUCAUUUCUGGCCAAAAAUAUCUUUGUGAAUCACAAGAAAUUGUAGAACCAGGCACAUAUCAUGUCAAAUUUGAGGGAGAUUUCGAAGAUUCAAUAGAUUUCACCAUUGGAAACUCUUCUCAGUCUUAUUAUGAAAAUGAUUAUAGACAUGUAUUAGAUUUCCAUGAGAAUUAUCCAUUCCAAUUUGCUUUACUUAUGAUUGUAUUCCUAUUUAUCCUAUUUCCGCUUCCGCAAUCCCAGUUUUCCCAUACAAUUAUCAGUCAUCUCCAAGGCCAAGAGUCAGCUGUCACAAUCCAUACCUACAUCAUUCUUCUUUUAUUCGGAGGAAUGCUUUACAUCAGGUUUAGAAUCCAAAGACUCCCUCUUUACGUCAAAAUUAUUUUAUUGAUUGGUUUCAUUUAUCCCAUUUUACUUCCAAUGGCUUUCAUGGAGAUAGAAACCCACUUUGGCUUCAUUUGGACAUGGGGAUACUUCUGUGGAGGCAAAUUUGUUUAUUGUCCUUGGGGAUUAUUCAAUUGCAUGGCCUAUUAUGUCUCUGUUCUUGCUCCUGUUGUAUUAAUUGCUGCUUCCCUCAGCCUCUCCUAUCCUUUCUCUUUCUAUUCUUUCAUUCCUGUUUUGUUUGACAUUGCUGUCUCUGCAUUUCUCUUAUUUGUCGAUAUCAAAUACGUUAUAAGGUUCAUUUAUGAGACCGUUGGAUUCGUUUUCGCUCCAACUUCCCCUGUUUUCGUGUUUUUACCAAUAUUACUUUACGGAAUUCUCAUAAUUUGGAGACUUAUUUGCGCAUUCAAGAGAGAAUCAACAGGAAUAUCUACAACAAAGGAAUCUUUAUUCCUUUCCACAUGA